GACACACAUUAUGAAAGGAUACCCUUCGGGAUUGAGCAUAAUGUUCUUCUACACAUCUAGCGUGAGCGUUCUAGCUGCAGUUGUUGGGUUUUUUCUUGAACCCGACUCUACAAAAUGGAUAAUCAAACCUAAUAUUGCUUUGGUCUCUAUCAUAUGUUCGGGAGUUUUGAACGGUUGCAUAAGCAACACGGUUGAUUCUUGGCUCUUGCACAUGAGGGACCCAGUAUAUGUGGCAAUGUUUAAGCCCAUUCAGAUCGCCAUAGCUGCAGCCAUGGGAGUAAUCAUCCUAGGCGACACUCUUUAUCUUGGAAGUAUCAUUGGAGCAACAAUAAUAGUAAGUGGUUUCUACACUGUGAUGUGGGGCAAAGCGAAAGAAGAGUUGGGUGAAUUUGUGAUUGAAAAUGCAGACCAAAAUCAUCCAUUUCUACAAAAUUACAAAAUCCAGGACGUGUAGAAGAAGUUGUAUAUUGAAUGUGCAUGUGACGAAGGAGGGGAAACAAUUCAACAAAUUUAAGAUUUAUCCUCAAACUCUAUCAUCAAUUAUUCAAAUAAGAGUUUCUAUCAA